CAACAUAUGUACCUUGAACAGGUUUCCCACAAAUGUUUCCAGAAACAAAACAUAUAAUGGUGUUUUCUGUCUUCCCUGCAGCCCUGGGAUUCAUGAACAAUUCAGCAGCGAGCACUGUGACUGAGUUUGUCCUCCUAGGCUUCCCUGGUUGUCAGGAGUUGCAAUGUUUCCUCUUUUCACUGUUCUUUGGGGUCUAUGUAUUUACCAUGAUGGGCAAUGGAACCAUUGUUUGUGCUGUGAGGUGGGACCAACGGCUCCACACCCCAAUGUAUAUUCUCCUAGGGAAUUUUGCUUUCCUUGAAACCUGUUACAUUACCUCCACUGUGCCUAGUAUGCUAAUUAAUUUCCUCUCAGAGACAAAAACCAUCUCUUUUGUUGGCUGUUUCCUCCAGUUAUAUUUUUUUACUUCCCUUGGUACAACUGAGGCAUAUUUCCUCUGCAUCAUGGCAUAUGAUCGGUACCUUGCUGUCUGCCGCCCACUGCGCUACCCAACCAUCAUGACCCAACGGCUCUGCUCUAUCUUGAUGUCUCUUUGCUGGGUGUUUGGGUUCCUUAGUUACUCUGUCUCCACCGUGCAGCUCUCUCAAUUGCCCUUCUGUGGGCCCAACACCAUCGAUCACUUUCUGUGUGAUAUGGACCCACUAAUGGCUCUGUCCUGUGCCCCAGCUCCUGUCACUGAGACUGUCUUCUAUGUCCUGAGCUCCCUGAUUAUCAUCCUAACUCUUCUGUAUAUCCUCGGCUCCUAUACCGUUUUACUGAUAACUGUGUUAAAAGUCCCUUCAGCAGCUGGCCGGCAGAAGGCCUUUUCCACAUGCGGAUCACAUCUGACAGUGGUGUGCUUAUUCUUUGGGGCUCUUUUGGCAACGUAUGUGAGCCCUACAGCUGAUAACCCAGCUGAAAUUCAGAAGAUCAUGACUUUGUUCUACUCUGUGGUGACUCCCUUCUUAAACCCCCUGAUUUACAGCUUACGAAACAAGGAGAUGAAGGCUGCACUGAAGAAAGUCCUGAGAAUACAAUGAACAUAAACUAACCUACAUGAGAACAA